AUGAGGUGGCCGACUUUUGUCCUCGCCUUCGUGGCCCUGGCUCUGGCCCAGGACACGACCACUACUGAUACAACCGAUUCUUCCGACAAAAGCACCACCACCGAUGGACCCACCGUCGUGAGUAUCACAACGCCUGUGGCAAUCCCAUCAGGUACCUACGAACAGGUCAGCACGACGCGAACUCUGGCGGACGGCGACACUGAAGUCCUCACCUCGACCACCGCUACCGGACACCACAAUGGCACCAUGACGACCUCCGGCAAUGGAACGGUGAUCACCACCACCUCCAAUGCCUUGACCCUGCUGGUGGGAGGCGCAGGAACCACCACCAUCGGAAACAGCAGUAUGAAUGCCACCAUGACCUCCUCGGGAACUGCGACAGCCUCCCCGAUUGUCAACCAGCAGCCAUGCAACAACUAUCCCGAAUUCUGCGCCAAGAAAUACUCCAACAUCACCAUGGUCGCUGCGCACAACAGCCCGUUCGUGCGGAAGAACAACGUCGCUGCCAACCAGGUCCUGGACGUGACACAGCAGUUGAACGACGGAAUUCGCAUGUUGCAAUUCCAAACCCACUACGAGAACGGCACCAUGUACCUCUGCCACACAACCUGUCAAUUGCUGGACGUCGGAACCCUCGAGGAUUACCUGACCCAAGUCAACAAGUGGAUGCGAAAGAACCCCUACGAUGUAGUGACCUUCAUGAUCGGCAACUACGACUAUGUCUCUCCCGAGAACUUCACAACCCCAAUCUACAACUCCGGAUUGAAGGAUCUCAUCUACACCCCUAGCAAGGUCCCCAUGGCCCUGAACGACUGGCCCACCCUGUCCGAGAUGAUCCUCCGCCAGAAGCGCGCCGUCUUCUUCAUGGACUACCAGGCCAACCAAACAGCCCACCCCUGGCUCAUGGACGAGUUCUCCCAGAUGUGGGAAACUCCUUUCUCCCCCACCGACGUCAACUUCCCAUGCACCCAGCAGCGACCACCCGGCUUGUCCAAGAAGGACGCCAAGAAUCGCAUGUACAUGGCCAACCACAACCUGAACCUGCAACUGAACUUCGGCUCCCUGAACCUGUUGAUCCCCAACACUGCUUCCCUGAACGUGACCAACUCCAACGAGACCAACAGCAAUGGAACCCUGGGCUCCAUGGCCCAGAAAUGCUCCGACUCCUGGGGCCGUCCCCCCAACUUCCUGCUGGUCGACUACUACAACUACGGUAACUUCAACGGAUCCGUCUUCGAGGUCGCUGCCGAAAUGAACAACGUCACGUACAACCGCAAGUGCUGCGGCAAGGCAUCUGCCGCGCCAAUCGGUGCUUCGGUCGUUGGUAUGUCGACGCUGGUUAUGGUGGCGAUGGGGGCGCAGAUGUUGAUCUCUGCAUUCUGA